ACGUACAAUCUAAAAUGGCGUCUUUUUUACACCCUAGGUAGUGCACUACCUCUUUUAACGCUGCGCUAUUUGGGAUUGGGCCACGUAGCCAUAUGUGUCCAGCUUUUACUCAUGCCCAGAAAGCAGAAUCACAUAUGAUAUACUCUGCCCGUCCAAAAAAACAAAAUAAAGUCACCACCUGGAUUUAACUAAGCAAAUAGGAUGGGCAGAGGCUAUAUUGUUGAAGAGAGUGUGGAGAAGUAUCUGACCAACUUGUCAGCAGCUGCGGGAUCAUGUGAGACUGGACUGUUCAUUGGCCAGUGUUCAGCACAGAGGGACUUUGUGGUUCUGGCUGUCCAGACGCCUCACAGAGAGACUGAGGGAGCCACAGAGGGCAAGAGAACGCCAAGCUCACUGGACAGCAUUGAUGUUGAGUGGGUUGCUGAGCAUGCCAGGCAGGUUUCUCGGAUGCUCCCUGGAGGUGUGAGCAUUCUGGGUUUGUUUCUCAUCGCCCCACCCGAGGUGUCAAAAGAAGCGCAGAACACACUAAAAAAGUUUGUCUUUGCUGUGGAUAAAUCCUUGUCUAAAAACAAGCUGUGGGAUCUAUCAGAGGACGAUGUGACUGAGCGCAUCACCCUGCACAUCUGUUCCAAAACAAGAAAAGCCAUCUGCAGAACAUUUGAUGUGAAAGAUCCAAAGUGUUCAGCAAAGCCUGCAGAUUGGAGGUAUCAGAGUGGCAUCUCAUCCUCGUGGCCCCUGAUCACCUGCAACGUGCAGCUCGACUUGCAGAUCCCUGUGACAUCAGAAAAUGUUGACGGGUCCAUUAAGGAUCAACUGAGGACAUGGGCUAAACAGAUCGAGGCUGCUCUCUGUCUCAUAAACGGCAAAGCUGUAACAGAUGACUCUGAGCUCCUGUCAGGGCCAAAAAAGGGCACAAAGGCAAGCCAACAGCAGUCAUUUAAAGCACAGAUCCUCGUCUCAGCAGAGGAUACAGAUGCGAGCCAGAUGUCCAGCGCUGUAGUGCACGAGUGCAGCGGCUCGGUGUGUGUGAGAGGAACAGUUCACUGCAGAGCUUACAUUCAUACCAACAAACCUAAAACCAGACAUGCUGCACAGGCACUCAAGAGGGAUGUAAUGAACACUGUUUUCAGUCGAGUGGAGAUGCUUCUGGAGGAUCUGCUCAUGAGUGAAGGAGAUCUGGCAUGCGGACAGCAGGAUCUUCCUCGGCGUGUAUUUGCCCCCAUAUUUGGCUCUGGACUGAGUGUGUGUGACUACAUUUUCCCAGAUGAGAGCACUGCGGAUGUGGCUGAGCGGUUUAAAGAAAUGCUCGGGUUUGAUGUAUCAGAGAGGGAAAUGGACAUCGGCGUGGAGGCUCCAACAUGUUGCUCUGUUUUGGGAGUGGAAGAUGGAUGUGAUGAAGCCACUGACAAUGUGCCUAUGCAAUCCAGUGCUGAAACAGUCCCAAAAAAGGAAGCAGCAAUACAAUAUGCAGCAGGCGUGGUGGUAGCAGCUGCAGUUGCCCUCUUGGCAACAGUGACCUCCCUACUCUAUCUUACCGAUUAACCAUGAGACCACAGUUGUUUAUUAUAAUUAUAAUAAACUAGAAAAUUACCUUUU